UGAUAGAGACUUUACUAAUAUGAAGAUAAGAGAUAACUACUUCAAUAAAAUGUAUUCCAGUAAGAAAUAGGGUUGUUAUUAGUCAAGUCGGUUAUGAGCUAAUUACUACCAGGGGUUAGUCUUACUGACUAUAAAUAGAAUAAGGCUGGGAGUAGUAGAGAGGAUUAUGAACUUGUAAACUGUACGCUAAGUGAUUGUUGCCUUAGGCCUACGGCCAUUGUUGCCUAAAGAGAAUAAGAGUUGCCUUUACGUUCUUGAUUCCAUUGUGUAUUCUGUUAGAACAAUUCUGCAGUUUCUAACAUUGGUAUCAGAGAGGUUAAUCGUCGUUAAUGGUUUGGACGCGAGGAACAAUGGAAGCGAGAGUAGAAGAGUUAGAAAAGAACCGUCAAGAAACGAAGGAGUUGUUGGCUGCGAUUCUCGCGAGGUUGGACGCGAGAGACAAACAUCGAUCGCGGAGUCGUUCGCACGCUUCGUCUACAUCGCAUCCUUCUUAUCAUCAUCGACGUACGCAGCCGUCGACUAAAUUAGAGGCCACGGAAGAUCGAUCGAUGAACAAUAGACACCAUCCGCUAUCAUCGAAGGAGCCACAGAAGAAAUCGCGAACUUCUUCUCAUCGUUCGCAGUCGCGAACAGAGUCUUCACCAUCGCAGACUCACUCAGCGGCGAUUAAUUCACGAUCAAGAAAGGCGUCAUCUCCUUUCGUUCCUCCAAAUUCGCAAGAAAAUUCUUCCGGAACUAUGGUUGCUACACGAACAGAAGACCCCAAUUGGCAAUCGCUAUCAGAGUCACCAGAGUCGCAGCAUGAGUUGAAAACUCAGAAGAAACCUUCCGUGGAAGAUUCGCAAUCCUAUGGCAACGAGGAACGUAAAGAGAAUUUGUCAGUUAAUUCUGGACCUGUAGCUGGAGCUAUUACUAGCUUUCCCACAUUCAUCAAACCCUCCAGGUAUGAACUCCUUAGCUCAGAAUUGGAAACCAAGAUGAUGUGGUCGAUUGAGCGUGGCUCUCAAAUUGAUAAAUACCUGCAAGUUAAGAUAAACCAAAUUGGGAAGUCAAUCCCUAUAUCUCGAGGUAUUCAUUCACCUGCUACUGGAGACUCAUUGGUUAAACCUCUCAAGACCUCAACUAUAUUUGAUUUAGGGAAGGAGGUGUUUCUUGUAGCUGAUGUGAUUGCAGGGUUGCAUAAGAUUGAUGGUUUCAGAUUUGAUGAUGUUGAUCAAAGUAAAAGGUUUAUAUUGGAGCACUCCCAUGAUCUUGCGAGGAAUGUAAAUAGAUUUCCUAUUGUGCAUACUGGUCUGAUUAAUGUAGUUAAACACCAGAAAUAUCUGGCAGUGACUAAUAAAAAUGGGAAUGGGCUGUUACACUUCAUUAUUGUGGCAAAUGGAGCAAUUCAGGAAAUAACGGUGAAAGAAGGAAGUGAAGCUGCACGCAGAAUGGGGAUCCACAGUAUUAUGACUGAUGUACUUGAUGCUGCAGAAAUUCAAGGGAUGGAAUUGCAGCCAAUUGUUGAAAGUAUGAGAAAAUACCCCAAGAUUGGUCUACUUAACCCAUGUAAAUCAUCAGAAAGAUAUCUAAGAUUGGGAGACAAUUCUGCCAAGACAGAUCCUAGCAUAUCAAUCACUGCACUCCCUGAUGUUGUGGAUAUAAUUGCGGGGGUAUUAAAGAAGACAACUCUUGAGAGCUACCAGCAAGCUCUAGGCGAAGCUGUUGCACCAAAUAUUUUAGAAAAUUUCCAUGGUGAUCCGGUCCAUUUUAUGACAAGGUCGUUUGGAGUGCCAGGACAUCAUUUGGGACAGAAAAACCAGGAUUCUCACUGGACUUAUGAUCCUUUGGCCAUUGUUACUUCCUUUAACGCUGCAGUGGAGUUUUCUGAUUUUCAGCUGAUGGGUGCAUUAUACAACGGAAAUAAAACCAGUCUUAAAAAGAACAGCAGGGUGUGCACAACAAUGGAACAAAUGCUAAUCCGGGUUCAUGAUUGGGGAAUACAGUUGGAUAUUGAGCUAUUCAGUGUGAAGCUUCAAUCUAAAGAUAGGGUGAAGUCAGAAGCAAAUGCUAUGCUCAGGCUGGACAGGAGUAUUUCAUCUAGAGGACGAGAAGUAUGGGAACGUAUGAUACCACCAUCAACUAAGUACUGGGAAGGGAGAGGCACCAGGAGGAAGCUGAAUACCAGACUUGGUUCAUAUCUUCCAACUUGAGGGCAAGUUGGAUUUUCAGGAGGGGAGAUUUGAUAGAGACUUUACUAAUAUGAAGAUAAGAGAUAACUACUUCAAUAAAAUGUAUUCCAGUAAGAAAUAGGGUUGUUAUUAGUCAAGUCGGUUAUGAGCUAAUUACUACCAGGGGUUAGUCUUACUGACUAUAAAUAGAAUAAGGCUGGGAGUAGUAGAGAGGAUUAUGAACUUGUAAACUGUACGCUAAGUGAUUGUUGCCUUAGGCCUACGGCCAUUGUUGCCUAAAGAGAAUAAGAGUUGCCUUUACGUUCUUGAUUCCAUUGUGUAUUCUGUUAGAACAAUUCUGCAGUUUCUAACAAAAAGUGUCUACAAUAGUUCAGAACUGAAUGACAUGCUGAAACAUUUGUCGAGGAGAUAUAGUAACUGACUAAAACAACUUGUUCUGUUAUUAUUUGGUUCCCACUCCUAUUGAUGUCACUCAGCAAUACUAGAAAAUACUUUGUGCAACUCCAUGUUACACAUUUACUUACUAGAAAAAUAACCAAGCACAUGGCCAAAACUUGCAGGUGGAACUCCCUGUUGCACAUGCACUUGAAAAUUAACUGAUCAAAUGACAAAAA